AUAAAGGCUUGACUGAAGGAAGCAUGGAUGGGCACAGGAAUGGACAUGUACACACCUGGAGUCCUCAGGCAGAGCUGUCUUGACACUCACGCGAACACGCAAAGACACUCAGACCCUCCGUCUCGCUCUCUCCCCCUUCUCAACUGUCUGUCACCGAAUUGCCCAAACCACUCGCCACUCACCGCACACACACGAGAUCAGGCGAAUUACCGCCUUCAAGGCGUCCGUCCCAUGACAGGUUCCACCCACCCCCUGUGUGCUGUGCUGUGCUGUGCUGUCCUCAUCGUUUGCCGUGUGUGUGAGCGGUGAGGAAGUAGAGCCGGUAGGUGAGGAAGAGGGUCGCCUGGGCCGCACACAGCAGCCCCAUCAGCAGGUACCGAAAUCGCGGCAGCGACACCGUCAGAUCCCUGAUAGAUAGCCACACAGAGGGAGGGAGGGAGGGGGGGAGGAUGUGCGUGUGUGCUGUCCUGGGGUCGGUCCGUCAAUCUCUCUAACGUACGUACGUGUAGAGGUUGAUGCAGAUGAACGAGAUGGAGAUGGCCAUGCCGACGGACACGGCAACCCACUUGAGCCACUGCACCACACAGACAGACACACACACAGACGCCACACUCGCUCCGUGACCCAGUCGUUGCAUCGCUGUCUCUCCGGUCGGCCUGCUCACUGACCUCGAGUGGUGCGAUGCAGAUGAGAGAGACGGGGAUAAACACGAACAGCGAGUACCCAUACACGCAGAUCAACUGACAGGCGCAACCCAACGCAACCCAACGCACAGACAGAUGCGAUCAGAUGGGAUGGGCGCAAAUCAAAUGCCUCCCUCCCUCCCUCCCUGGCCGCCUCCCUCUCACUCAUUCACUCACUUGUCUGAAGUUGAUGGAGUCUGAUCCCGAGCCCGUGAAGUAGAGCAGCAGCCGAGACACCAAUGGCACGCCGAACAAAAAACCGUACACCUGGUUGACCACACGACACACGCACACACCCCACAAUGAACGACUGAAUGACAGACACCUUGUUUGUGCGGUGCGUGUGUCUGUGUGGUGUGUGUGUGCAUUUGUGUGUGCCGUGCCGCCAACACAACCAACGCACCACUGUUGCCGCGACGGUGAAGAAGACAAAGUCCGUCGACUUCAUCUGCUACAUCAGACACACACACACCAUUUAUUCUUACUUAUGUGGUCGGUCGGUCGAGUGAGUGAGUGAGUGGGUGGUGUCCGCGCUUAUCUGCGUAAGUGCGUAAGUACCUUCUGUUCGAUGAACAGGGCGUAGUUGCCUGUGGCCGCGAGGAAUAUGAUGACCGUCGUGGCGAUCCAGAAAGGGCCAUAACUGAAUGACACACACACACACACACACACGCACACACACAGAGAGAGAGAGAGAGAGUGUCCGUUCUUCGGUUGAUCAGGAGUGUGUCCUCUGCUGUUUGUUUGCUCGCUCACAAGUCAGGGUUGGUUCUGAAGUCCGACUCGCCGCCACUCGACACAGACUUGAACGGUACCGUGGCCAGCAUGAUGCGCUGCGGACAACAACCAACACAGAAAACUCGCAUUCAUUCAUUCGCCCUGGACUGCCUCGCGAGACUCACUCACCUUGACCACAUCUGCCGUCGUGACAUCGAAGAACUGCUGCAUCCAACUGGUGCGCACACACACACGCACAACACACACAUGUACACAAUGCAUUCAGUCAGUCCUGCUGUCGAAUUUGUUUGUUUAUGUGUGCGAGUGAGUGCUUACGCGAGGUCAGGGCAGCACCGGAGUGCCCGCACGUCCCGCCCCCCCGUCAGCGACACUGUGGGUGCCUCAGACCGGCCACCCGGCUCGCUGGUGAAGCUGUCCAUCCUACCCUGCCAGCCACACACACACAGAAACCGUCACUCGUUCGCUCUCUGAAGAGGUAUCAGUUCUCUGCAGCAGAGGACACAGAUGCGUACCUCGAUAGCCGUCUGCUGCGACGGUUUCUGCGCCCCCUUUGACAUGUCCAUCAUGCCGCCCCGCGAGGCGCCUGUGGCGGGGCCGUCGAGGCUGCCCGUCAGCGGCCGGCUCUGGCUGUUGAGAUCCAAAUCCUACACCAUCCAUAGUAAUGAUGCCGUCAGCUGUGUACCGACACGCACUCCCUCUCUCUGUCCUCGCGUGUGUGAGCUUCUGUUGGUGCCUGGCUGACCUCAAAGUUGACUUGGUAGACGUCGCCCGAGUUGAGAGCGCCGGCUCCUCCCCUGCUGCUGCCGGGCGGCUGGUGCGCCUCGGUCUCCAUGGCGGGUUUGUCCCAGGUGGUGACGUUGGUGACAGCAUUGUGGUAGUAGGGCUUGCCGUCGUCGGUCAUGUACAUGGUCCAGUUCGGGGGGAGCCCUUCUGUCGACAUCCUGCCGCCCGAUGUGUGUGUGCUGACCCGAGUGACUGACGCGCUGCCGGCGUAUGUUUUGAAACAGGCAGAUCUGACAAGCCUCGAAGCUGCUGUGGUGUCACUGCCCUGCAGGACCACCAGAACCACGAUGCCGACG